GCUAGUAUGGUCCCAAUGGAGGAAAAGCUGAACCAAGCGCAGAUGGAAGUGCAGCAGCUCAAGAGCUCUGUCAGGAACUAUGAAGGGUUGGUUGAAACCUACAAGUCACAGGUGUUGAAGACCCAAAUGGAAGCAGAUGAUGUGGCAGCAAAACUGGAGAAGUGUGAUAAAGAGAACAAGACACUAAAGGAUGAAAUGAACAAGGAGAUUGAACUGGCACGUAAGCAGUUCCAGAGCCAGCUUGCUGAACUGGAAAAGCUGCCCGAGAUCCUAAAGAUCACAGAGACACAGCUAGCAGAAUGUCAGGACCAGCUUCAGAGUUAUGAGAAGAAGAAUGUGGACCUGUCUGCCAUGAUUGCAGAUCUUCGUCAGCUGAUUGAGCUCCAGGGGGACAAAAUGGAGAUGACAAGAGAGAGGUAUCAGUCUGCCCAGGAGGAGAAAAAGCAGCUCACCUUGAAGGUGGAGGAGCUAGAAAGAAAACUAGAGACAACGAGCGCCCAGAACAUAGAAUUCCUUCAGGUCAUAGCAAAACGUGAGGAGUCGAUCCACCAGUGUCAGUUGCGGUUAGAGGAGAAGACCCGUGAAUGUAGCUCCUUGGCACGUCAGCUGGAGAUGGCCAUUGAGGAUGCCAAAAGACAAGUGGAACAAACUCGAGAACGAGCAAAGUCUAGAGAGAGGGCAGCCCAGUCCAAGAUGUUGGAUUUGGAGACCCAGCUGAGUAGGAAUAAAACAGAGCUGAACCAGUUGCGUCGGAGCAAAGACGAUGCAGAGCGCCGGUAUGAAAGCCGCCUACAAGAUUUAAAGGAUCGGUUGGAGCAGUCGGAGAGCACCAACCGCAGCAUGCAAAACUAUGUCCAGUUCCUCAAGUCUUCCUAUGCCAACGUAUUUGGAGAAAGUGCCUUGCUGGGCUCACCCAGCCGCUCUCGUUCUUCUCCAUGAGGACAAUGCUCUCCCCGCACGUCUGCUUCUAUGCACAAAAGGAGCCCUAUUUCAAAGCCAUAUGUUAUUUAGAAAAUAGGUUGGCAUUCCAGGGUGGCUAUCAGGAGACGUUUUCCUCUUUUCCUUGCAGCACGAAAUGAUAAAAUGAUGGUGGCA